UAUACUAUAUAUUAUGCAUAUAUACUCCAGUAUCUUUUGUUCAUUUCAUAUCACUGUUCCAUUGAGAAACUCUUGGGGAGUUCUUCCCGCAAACCGUUGGCAGUUGAACUCAAGAAAGGCUUACAACAGCUUUUUUCCGUAGAAGUUCACUUGAAUCACGUCAUCUUCAACCAAACCUCUACCCGAGAAGUCCAUGGGAUUCAAGGAUGUGUGCUUGUGGGUCUGGGUAAAUAUUGCAGACCAACAGGUCUAGUGGUUGACAAUCGUUUGGUAAAGGUUAUCCCAACACCUAUAGUUGGAGAGAGGACUUGUUCGCUUUGUAGAUUGACUCAGUAAAAUCUCAUACUGGAAUAAGAGGACAAAUAUAGGGCCUCCCAUAUAAGGCAAAUCAUCAGGAAUUCAACCGUUGAAGUCUUUGCAAAAUCGCGAGGCUCCAAAGAUUAGACCAAAAUGGCCAAUUUUUUGACAAUUGAGCUGAGCCAUUGGGUUGAUUUGAUUCCAAUGAAUCAUGUUUGUUGUACUAGUAACUUCAUGGUAUUUGUUCUUUUCUUGGCUUUACAGUUGCAUAAAGCCUUUGGGACAUUUGGGUUUGAAAUACACCACAGGUAUUCUAAUCCAGUAAAAGGUAUUUUAGACCUUCACUGGUUGCCUCAAAAAGGUAGUAUUCAGUACUAUUCAGCUUGGACACAACGUGAUCGCCUUAUCAACAGGCACCAUCUUACCAACACCGUUGAUCCUACUCCCAAACGUCGCCGUCUUAACAGCGGCAUUGAUCCUACUCCACCACCGCUCACGUUCGCAGGAGGAGGAAACAAAACAGUCCUACUCAGUUCUUUGGGAUUUUUGCAUUAUGCAAAUGUGACAGUGGGCACGCCUGGGCUAUCAUUUCUGGUGGCACUCGACACUGGCAGUGACUUGUUUUGGCUACCAUGUAAUUGCAACAACUGCGCUCACACACUCGUGACAGGUUUCGGAAGAACUAUAGACCUUAACAUUUACAGCCCGAAUACAUCAUCAACAAGCAAAAUUGUUCACUGCAAUGGCACUCUGUGGGGGCAAGGAAGACAAUGUUCAGUGACACAAAGUGCAUGUGGCUAUGGAGUUGCAUAUCUCUCUGAUAAUACCUCAUCUUCUGGGGUACUGGUCGAAGAAAUCUUGCACUUACAAACAGAUAGUUCUCAACAAAAGGCUGUUGAGGCACCAAUUACAUUGGGGUGUGGAAUGAAACAAACUGGUGCUUUUUUGAAUGGUGCUGCUCCCAACGGGCUAUUUGGACUCGGUAUGGGAAAUAUAUCUGUUCCUAGCAUUUUAGCCAGCAAAGGACUUGCUGCAAAUUCUUUUUCUCUGUGUUUUGGUGCUGACGGUACUGGAAGAAUAGAUUUUGGAGACAAAGGGAGUCCAGACCAAGGAGAGACACCAUUCAAUCUUGAACAAACACACCAAACUUAUAACAUUAGUCUGACGGGUAUAACUGUGGGAAACAAGAAUAUUGAUGUUGAUUUCACAGCCAUAUUUGACUCUGGCACCUCAUUCACAUACUUAAAUGAUCCUGCUUACAAAGUCAUUACAGAGAAUUUUAAUUCCCAGGCACAAGAGCUACGUAUUCAACCUACAGUCCAGGUUCCGUUUGAGUACUGCUAUGGGCUAAGGGCAAAUCAAACUUACUUUCAAAAUCUUGAUGUAAAUUUGAUAAUGAAAGGUGGCAACCAGUUUUAUCUUUUCAAUCCAAUUAUAACAUUGUCCCUUCCGGACAGUUCCGCAGCAUAUUGUUUAGCUGUUGUCAAAAGUGGGGAUGUCAAUAUCAUUGGACAAAAUUUUAUGACCGGCUAUCGGGUGGUUUUUGACCAAGAAAAGAUGGUUUUGGGAUGGAACCCAUCUGAUUGUUAUGAUUCUAAAGAAUCCAAAAGUAAAACUAUUCUCCCUGUUAAGAAGCAAAAGCCUACCGAAGUGUCUGUUCCUACCAGUGGGCUUCCAGAAGACACCAGAGAAAAUGGAAAUGGUACCAUUAGUUCAACACCAGAUUUUACAUCAUCAACAUCUGCGGGAAACUAUGUAACAAGCUCGACAUUCUUUUGCCAACUUGUAAUGGUUCUGUUUUUCCUUUAUAGCUAUUAUUUAAUUAUUUGAUGAUUAUUUCUUCAUAAGUUCUUUAUUCUUGUAUCUAGUGUGUAAGUGGUGCUAUAGUAACUUGAAAGAGUAAAAAAAAACACCAUUUUCCCAUACUGCAAUGUUGUUCUGUGAUU